GGGGAGGCGGUGCGGCUGCGCGCCUGCAGUGGCAGCGGCUCCCGCAGCGACGCCGCUUCGCUGGGAGCCGGCUGCGGGCCGGGCCGGGUGAGGGGCGGGACCGGACGGGAAAGGCCGGGCCGGGAGUGCGGGGUUAGCCGGCCAGAGGCGCAGGAUGUCGGCGACGCUGUAUCUGCUCUCCACGCUGGGCGGUUAUGUUCUCACCUCGGCGUUUUUCCUCAAGUGUCCGGGACUGCUCCACCGGCCCAAGCGGCAGCGCUUCCGAUGCCGGCACAUCUCUCACCGCGGCGGUGCUGGAGAGAACCUGGAAAACACAAUGGCAGCCUUUCACCAUGCGGUUAAUUUAGGAACAGACAUGCUGGAGCUGGAUUGUCACCUGACAAAAGAUGAGCAAGUGGUUGUGUCCCACGAUGAGAACCUGAAGAGAUCAACAGGAGUUGAUGUCAACAUAUCAGACCUCAAAUACUCUGAACUUCCACCGUAUCUGUGCCGAUUGGAUGUCACGUUUCAGAAAGAAUGUCACUGUGAGGGAAAAGACAACCGUAUUCCUCUCCUGGAAGAGGUGUUUGAGGCAUUUCCACAAACUCCUGUCAACAUUGACAUCAAAGUGAACAACAACGUGUUGAUCAGAAAGGUUUCAGAGCUGGUGAGUCAGUACAAGCGAGAGCAUUUGACAGUGUGGGGGAAUGUCAAUUAUGAGAUUGUAUCCAAGUGCUUUAAGGAGAACGCUGACAUUCCCAUCAUCUUCUGUUUGCAACGUGUCCUCCUGCUUCUUGGCCUGUUCUACACUGGUCUGCUGCCAUUUAUUCCUUUCAAGGAAGAAUUCUUGGAAAUCCCCAUGCCUUCAAUCAUCCUCAAGCUGAAAGAACCACACAAGAUGACAAGAAGCCAGAGAUUUAUUAUCUGGCUAGCUGACACACUGCUAAUGCGGAAAGCGCUUUUUGACCACCUCACUGCUCGGGGCAUUCAGGUGUAUAUUUGGGUGCUGAAUGAAGAACAAGAGUACAAGAGAGCGUUUGAUCUGGGAGCAACUGGAGUGAUGACAGACUACCCAACAAAACUGAAGGAGUUUUUACACCAUUAUCCAGCAUAAAGGCAGAAAAUGAAGGAAGUUCUUGAGUAGAUUGAGACAGGGAUUUCCUUCCUUAACAACAAACAAUUGAGCAGCAUACACAGAUCAUUUUGUUUGAGAGAUGUAGGUGGGUCAUCUGUUACCUUGUCAAGUCACUACUACCUAAUGUAAAGGUCUAUUUAUUUUAAAACUUUAAUGACAUAGUUUACAUUUGUAAAUAGCUCAUUUAGCACCAGCACACUUCACUAGGAUGGAAGUUGCUGGAUAGGAUACCUGUAGAUAAAAUAAGCAUUACUUGACCUGUCACAAACAUUCCUGAGCAGGUGUCAGGACAUGUCAGUUAUUCCAGUUCUAUUCUAGUGGGCAGAAGCUAAAGAAUUUCUGAAAGUGUAUCCUGUGUGUAGACAUUUUGUGUGUUGCUUUUAGCUUUCUGAUAACUUGCAGGGUGAAAAUGAGGAACAACACACAGGAGAAAUAGGAAGCAAAAUCUGUGGGUAGCCAGAUAGUUUAGGCUGUGAAGUGUAGUCAGCAAAGGCAGUCACUUUUGUUAUCAAAAUUAACUCAGUACAGAUUCACUUUAUUACUUGUACUGAUAAGAGCAUUGAGCUUGAGUUGCAGCUGUAUGUAGACCCUUCCCUGAUGUGAUGGUAAUACUAUGCCCUGUUCCCUCAAGGUCUAGAUCCAGUAUUUAAGUUAGAUCCUGGGUUUAACACUUGAAUUCCACUGCAAGGGUUUGGGUUUGCCCCUUGGUUCUGGUCUACCUGUCAGGCUACCAUAGCAUGGCAGUAGCAAGCUUUCCAGAAAAGAUUACACUUACUAUAGGUUGGAAAUGCACUUACUAUAGUUGGAAAUAGUCUUUUCACAAAGGAAACCAAUGUCUGACAAGUCUUUUGCACAUUUAUAGUUCUAAUAUUUGUUUGGCUUGAUGAAUGGGAGGUUGAAUUCACCCAAAAGAGAUUUAGCUGCAUACUUGCAAAAUGGAGCAAAUACCAGUCUAGAACAUUUGUACACUUUAGUCUUUUCUCUCCACAAAACUACAUCCAAUAGUCAUGAAGUUUGUGUGCAUAGACAUGGCAAUAACUUGAGCGGCCAAAGCCAAGAAACCCACAGUGUGAUGGAAUGGGGAUAGAUGGGAAGGUAUUUCUGGAAGCUUCCAAGCUGUUCUGUCUUUGUAAACAGGUGUCAAACAGAUUUGAGCCUACUGUGCCUGCAUGUUCUGGUGCUGUCAUGUUAGUGGUAGGGCUCUUCAGAAGGAAAUUGACUGCUGUAGUGUGUGAUGAUGCACCGAUGUGUACAGCUCAGGCAGCUGAUCAUCAGAUGUGCUGGAACAAAACUAUUAUUUAAUGGUGGUAUCUACUUCUGUUUAAGGAGCUUCAUGUGAAAAUCAUGGAUCUUAAUGCAUGCAGUGGCCAAAUGCAAGGGGUACUCACUGUUACAGAAACUUGGAGAGUAAUUUUCCCCUCUGGCUAGCAGAGAUUUGGUAGGGCUCGUGUCACUCCACUGCCUGCUGUGCCCUGUGUUUUACCAUGGAGUGUUUUUGCCAUUCAUUAUGGCUGGCAGUGCUCACAGGAUGUUAGGGAUUAGGAAGGACUUCUGGAGAUUGAGUCCAACCCCCCCCUGCCAGAGCAGGACCGUAAUCUAGUGCAGGUCUAGUGCACACAGGAACACAUCCAGACAGGUCUUGAAAGUCUCCAGAGAAGGAGACUCCACAAUCUCUCUGGGGAGCCUGUUCCAGUGCUCUGGAACCUGUACAGUAAAGGUGUUGAGGUGGAACUUCCUGUGUUAGAAUGGCAGGUCCAGCUGGAUGGACUGGCUGGAGCAGCUCUGCUACAAGGACAGGCUACAAGAAUUGGGGCUCUUCAGCCUAGAGAAGAGAAGACUUCAUGGAGACGUAGUACCCUUGCAGUGUCUGAAGGGCCCUACAGGAGGGCUGGGGAGGGACUAUUGACAGAGUCUUGUAAUGACAGGAUGAGGAGUAAUGGGUUUAAACUGGAAGAGGGGAGAUUUAAACUGUAUGUUAGGAAGAAGCUCUUUACAGUGAGAGUGGUGAAACACUGGCACAGGUUGUCCAGGGAGGCUCUGGAUGCUCCCUCCCUGGAGGUGUUCAAAGCUAGGUUACAUGAGGCCUUGAGCAACCUGUUCUAGUAGGAGGUGUCCUUGCCUAUGGCAGGGGGUUGGAACUAAAUGAUCUUUGAGGUCCCUUCCAACCUAAACCAUUCCAUGAUUCUAUUCUAUGAUAAUCCUCAUUUGUGCAUUGUAAUUCCUAUCUGGAAUAUUUUUACAGGGAUGAAGUGGAAGAAACUACUGCAUUUACAGCUUAGGUGAACAUGUGUUGCUGGUGGCAAAUGAGUUAAGGUAUCCUAAAUAUCUACCUUGUUAAGAUUGGCUUGAGAUUCAAUUUCCUCUUAAUCAGGUUUGUAGCACGUUGAAUGGAAGAGAAGAAAAAGUGAUUUCCAAACUGUUAGUGGGGGAAAAGGAGGAAAUUAUUUACUAUGUGCUAAACUUCUUGUUUCCUUUUCAGACCCUUUAUUUCUGGUCAGAGAAUUGCUAGUAAUUAGACUAGCCAUAGUUCUGCCUGCUUUGUGGUUGUGACAGAAUUGUUCUAGAACAGGCUCCCUCCAGCUCAGAAGGUAAAUGAAAGCCUCUCACCCUUUCUCUCUUAACUUUGGUUUCCUAGCCAGGGUGUAGCUCCAGAUAAGUUUCUAUGCAGUGUGGUUUUCUUCACCUUAAUUGCUAUCAAAUUUCCAACUCACACCUUUAUGAGGCAAAUGUAACUCUGCUUUUGGAGGAUACUACCCAGUAACACUCACAUGUUAAAUCUGGCUUUUAGAUUAGGAAAAAAAAUAAGUUUUGAAGUAUCAGUCUUGAUUUUUGGACUUGAUCUCUCAAGGCACAUGUGAUGAUUUAAUUUAUAUCUGAAGUUUCCCUCAUCACUGCAUAAAGAAACUGUUUUGCUUUAUACUGAAUGACUCAGUUAUUGAAAUCACAACCUCCAUUUUUUAACUUCGUUUUGAUCUUUUUUUUCCUUUUUAGCAGUGCUGUUGGAAACUUCUGCCUUCAAAUCAUGGAAUGUUAGGGGUUGGAAGGGACUUCCAGAGAUUGAGUCCAACCCCCCUGUCAAAGCAUCAAAGAUGCUUCAUACAUUUCUAAACCUUCCUACAUCUGGUGUAGCUUUGGACUGUGCUGUUUAUACCUCACCUCUCUUUGAAUAGUUUACUACUGGAUAUAUGAAAUUUGAAUGAGUCAGGUUUCAUGGGAGGAAAAAAGCUGCUGAAAUUUCACUGAUGGAAAAGCUGCUGAAUUUUUUUCAGUCACCCACUUGGGCUUUAGUCUUAGAGCUAAACUUUGACCUCUUGAGACAGAUAAUGUUGCAUGGAUAAGGCCAUGAAUCCAAGCACCAGUGCACAAGGCUGAGGCCAUGAUAACUGUUUGUAACAACACAGAAUUGAGGUAACUGUAGAAUGCUUGUUGUAGCAAAUCAUUGUUUUGAAUAUUCCAGAACUUGCUGUGUGAUUUUUAAGCCACUUGUACAGAAAAGCAUUUGUUGAGAACUUGCACAGCUCUCCAGGAGGAUGUUCAGUUAAUAUCUCUCUCCCUCUCUGCAAGGAGAGAUUCUUUUCAGGUAAUUUUAAUUCUCAAUAUUGUUUAACACUUCCUAUGUUCUCAGCUCUACUGCAGACUAUUUUAUGUAUGAAGGAUAUGAUGCAUGUAUUUCAUGCACUUUUAAUUUGCAGAAAGUCUUGUGGACCCCUCUAGCUCCAGUUCUAUGAUUUUUCUUUUCUUGUAAAGAAAGAUGGAUGCUCUUGAAAUGUGCCACAUUAAAACAUCUUUGCUCAUGAAAGAUCUGAAACUAAAUAUCAUCAAUUGUGAAUUCUUUCCCUAAAAGUAUAAUUUCUGAGGUUAUGGGUUUUAUAGUGUGGUAAACAUUGAGCUUUUGAUGGUGGUUGCUGAAAAGAAGGGGAUACCUUAUGUGCUCUGAACUUUGAAGGAAUGCUGGGCAAUGAGGUUGGUUUUCUGAUGGAGUAAUGGUGGUGUCUGCAGCUACAUGCAGCUAAAUGGAGCCUGCAGAGGGUUUAGCCCUGCCUUCUCCGUGUGCAGAUGGACUUCCAAGUAAAACUGUGUUCAAUUCUCUGUCUGUUCCUGCUAUCUGGACAGCUUGUGCCAGGACUUAACCAUUCUUUCAGGGAGGAAAUGUGCCUUGUGUCUAAUUUAAACCUUCCCUGGCACAACCCGAGGGUAGUUUCCUCUCAUUCUGACACUUCUCACCUGGGAGAAGAGACCUGCCUCCACCUCACCACAACCUCCUUUCUGGGAGUUAGAAUGAGAAGGUCUCUCGUGAGCCUCCUUUUCUCCUGACUAAAGAACUCCAUUUCUCUCAGCUACUCCUCAGGAAGUUUUGUGCUCUAGAUCCUUCUCCAGCUUCAUUGUCUUCCUUUGGAUGUGCUUCAGCAUCUCAGUGUCCUUGCAGUGAGGGGUAGAUUCGCCUUGUAUAGUUAGGGUAGGGGGAGAAGAUUCACAGAUUGCAUCAGGUUGGAAGGGACCCUCAAGGGUCAUCUUGUCCAACCCCCCUGCAAUGAGCAGAGACACCUCCAACCAGAUCCCAAGUGUCUGAACUCCAACAGCACGUCAGGAGAGCCAGUUCUGUGUGCUGUUGUCAUCAGCAUCUUCCAGUGUAAGUAAUCACCAAAUUCUGCUUACUUAGCUAGAAUUGUAGCACCUUUAACUCAAAAUGCACUCUCUAGUUCUGUAUGGGUGAAAACAGUGCAAAAUGAGCUCAAAUUGCUUCUUUCUUUAAUAGUAUUUUGAGAAUGACUACAUAUGCUAGCAUUUUGGAUAGCCAUGCUGGGAAGUGUGAGUGUGAGAGCCCUGGCUUUUGCUCUGCAGUGUGGAAAUGGCUGCCUGCAUCAGAGCUGCUUUCUGAUCAUUUAUUUUUAGAAGUCAUGAUCCUUAAUUCCUAAGCACAGUAAUGCAGGCCUGAGUAAAUACCAGUCUCUUUUAUUUUGUUUGGGGGACAUGUCUUGUUAAGUACCCUGCUGUUUAUCCAGCCUGAUGACUACUGGCCCGGUUCUGCCUGUGUAACAAGGCUUUAUUACUUUGGUUUGUUUGGGGUUUUUUUUUCCCUGAGCACAGUUAUAAUAUUACAGGUUUUGAAAAUGCAGACAAAAUCAUCUUAUGUGGCCCGGUUCUAGAUGUCAGCUCUGACCUAUAAUCUGGCUCAUGAGUUUAAUUACAGCAUGUGGGAGUUCACAGCUGUGGAGAGUAUUGUAGGCUCUCUCUGUUUGUGUAUCAUACCUGAAUUGAAAGUGCUUGGUUAUUUCUGCAUGUGAGGUAGUCAUAACAGAGGGACCAGUCUGAGACUGAAAGCUUGAGGAGGGCAGAUUUAGACUGGAUAUUAGGAAUUCUUUACAGUGAGGGUGGUGUGGUUGGAACAGGUUACCCAGGGAGGCCAUGGAUGCCCCCUCUCUGAAGGUGUUCAAAGACAGGUUGGAUGAAGCCUUGAGCACCCUGGGCUAGUGGGAGGUGUCCCUGCCCAUGGCUGAAGGGUUGAAUCUAGGUGAUCUUUAAGGCCCCUUCCAGCCCAAAUCAUUCUGAGAUUCUAUGAGUCUGUGAAAUGAGAACCUUCAUUAUAAAAAGGCUUUAUCUGCCUUUUCCCCCAUAGUUAAUAAGCACAGAUUUCCAUUUGUGACAGUGGUAAAUAGCUGAUCAUGUAGACAGCUUCAGAAACUAUUUUACUACCUCCUUUAUUCUGGAAUACAUUUUCUGUAAUGUCCUUGGGACAUUUGUUCUAGCUAACCAUCUGCCCCAUACAAUUGUGUCUUCUACCAGCUCACUUCUGGGACUUGCAUAAAAGGUUGUGGAUGAUCAGUGAAAGUGGACUUCGGAGUAUAAAAAAACCUUUGACUGUACCAAUUGUGAACUGGGGAUGGCAAACUUGCUGUGUCCUGAGCAUGUUCACACUUCACUUGCAGCAGGCUUCUGUCCAGUGCUGUGCUGCCCUGUGUUGGGUGCUAGGAACAGCACUUCGAUGAUAAGCAGGUCAAUGUUUUCCUCUAGUCCCAGAGGUAAAUUUCCAUUGUGUGACAGGAAAUGCUAAGCUUUAGGCCAAGUGUCAUUUUAAAGCCUUGAGGCUUCAUAUUAGGUAAGUGAGGUGAAUUGGGGUUUUGUAUGUAACAGGAUUUAGUAACUUUGACAGGAUUUUGGCAGGCUGAUGAGAGGAUUCCUCAGACUGCUCUGGGCAGUGUUUUGUUACACACAUGGUAAAAUGGUUAAUAAACAGAAAUUGAGAAACGUUA